CUCUUCUUUUUUCCGCUGCAUCCCGACAGCCCCCCCAAGCUUGCCGACCUGCAUGCUUGAAAAAAAUUGGAAGAAAGCUUGAAAUUCCUCAUUCUUUCUUGUUCAAUCACAAGAUUUAGGAGCUUAGAAACCUUCUCCCCCUGCUGGAAAUUCCAGAUCUGCCUUGCUCUGCUUGUCUUCACCGCCGGCUGCUCUUGUUGUGGGGGCGAAAUUCUUCAAAUUCCGUUUCCGUGAGCUUCCCCCUGCACUGCCGCCGGCUUCUCUCCCAAACUGCAGCUCGGUUUUGCUUGCUAAAUUAUGGAAGCGGAACCAAGGACGGGGAAACCACGGGGAGUUACGAGUUAGAAAGCUAGUCAUUUCGAGAUUGAUAUAGAUUUUAGAAAUAAAUCAUAAUCUUGUAAACCAGAGUGUAUUUGGAGAUUUUAUAAUAUCAGAGUAAAUUUAUAAUUUUAUCUUCAGAUUUUGGUGGUAUCAGAAUAUGAUAUGAUUAAGUUCCGAGCCUUGUGCAUUUAUGGGACUCGUCUCACGAGUGCACGGCGUCUGCCACGUCCCCGGAUUUGGGUUCUAGGGCGUGACAUAUAUAUUGAUGGGAAUCAAGAUGGCCUCACAUGUACCACGUCAAGAGAUCUAUUAUACAUUUCAGGAGGUCUAGUCACGAGAGUUAGAGUUAAGAAGAUGCGAGAAGUUUUAAAUGGUCUUAUUGAACAGAUUUGGGUUGAUAACAACAUGCAAUAAGCAAAUUGAAACUUGGAUGAUUAUCAAGGCACGGUAAACAUCAUUCAGGUUCAAAGAGAAGCUUAAUUGAGGUCAUUUACGUUAAAUUACACAGUUUGCGUUAAAAUCUCAUAAUUCUGUCGCAAUUUGUAACAAACUGAUAUUUUAUAUUAUUUUAGGUUACUUUCAAUGAUUUUCAUAUUUUUUGUAUUAUUUUGGGCUGAACAUUCAUUUAUUUGAGAUUCAAUUUGUGGUUAUUAGGAUUAGGGCUUAGGGCUUAGGGCUUAGGGUAUUAGUUUCCUAUUUUGAUUAAAAUUACUUUUCUCUA